AUGAAAGAUAAUAAUGGCAACAUAGAUAAUAAUUUAUUGUAUGACUCAAACGAUAACAACAAUACCAAUAGUUCAUCUGAUAUGUCGCUCGACUCCUUAUUACCGAAGUGUUAUCUUGGACAUCAGAAUCCCACACUUAGCAAUAGCUCUGUUGAAAUAACGCCAGGGAAUCUAAUCAAUCCGACCUCCUUGCAAAAUCAUCAUUUUAAUCAGCUGCUUUCCCAAACGCAAAUAUCAUCCCGAUUUCAUCAAUACUGGCUUCAAAUGAUUAAUGCACCUUCAUUGACAGCAAGAGCACCGGUGCAUGAUACACCCUCAUUAACUGACUUACCAUCACCAUCACAACAGUCUCCACCACACCCAAUGCCUACAAGGCAAUUAACGCAAAACUCAAACAACUUGGAACCCCAGUAA